AUGUUUCAAUUCGGGGGAUUUUUCGUUUUUUUUUGUCUAUUUUUAGGUCAUUUAGAUUUCAUCGAGUGCGCCAGGAAAUACUACGUCAGCCCCGAAUGGGUCACUUAUAACAAAGCCGUGGAAUUGUGUCUGGCUCGAUCCAUGGAAUUGGUUUCCAUAGAAACGAAGGAGAAAAAUCAGGAAAUUCUUCAAUAUUUGAACAGUUUAGAAUUCUGGCUAUGGGAACCCGAUCCACAAAACAUGUACUUCGUCCAGAACAAGAGACUCUUCUAUUGGAGCUCGGGCGUUCUCAACGACAACAAAUGGACCUGGAUUAACGGACAACCAAUCAAAUAUUUCAAUUGGAUGGACGGAAAUCCGUCCAGUUCCCACAACAAGGAAAACUGCCUGGAAAUCCUCGUGCCUGUUAAUAAAAACGGACUGUUCUGGAACGACGUCGAUUGCAAUUCCAAAAGGCAUUUCAUUUGCGAAAAUACCAACAGACAUGAUCAAUUGACGAUAUUUUCGUUUGUUUCGGAAAAAUGUUAUUACGUCAAUCACGAGAGGUUACCCUAUCACGACGCCCUCCAAUUUUGCAAAUCAUUAUCGAUGGAACUCGUCAGCAUUCCGAAUGUCAGCAAAAACAUCGAAUUACACAGGAUGUUACAGCACUCGGGCAGAGGCUUUAUCAACGAAAGUCACAGUUGGCCGUUCUGGUCAUCUGGCAAUCGUUUCGCCGAUGGUAAAACAUUUUAUUGGAUAUCAGGAGAACCAAUCGAAUAUUUCAAUUGGCAGGACGUCAACGAUAACGGUUCGUUAUGCAUCACCCUGUAUUCGGAUUGGACGGAAAUCCUUUGGGAGAACAGGAAUCCGUGUACGUUUGGUCAAUCGUUCGUUUGCGAAAAUAUGAAUUUCAAAAUCGAGAAAAUCAGGAAAAACGUUUAUUAUGAUGGCGUUGAAUACAGGAAUUAUCGGCCCGGUUUGUUGCCAUUUCAUUUGACUAAACAAUAUUACAUCAGUCACGAAGUGGUAACUUACUAUAGAGCUCACAAGUUUUGUCAAUCUAAAGGAUUGCAAUUGUUGAGCAUCCAAGACAACGACAAGAACAAAGCCGUUUACAGGGAAUUGGAGAGAAGAGGUAACAACAGAAACUUUAGCUACUGGACUUCGGCUUCCCGAAUACCCGGCACGAAUCUGUGGGAAUGGUACGGGGGGGCAAUAAUAAAAUAUUUCAAUUGGAUAAAAGGGGCCCCCAAGGAGAGCAAAUUGAACAACGAUUGCAUCGAAAUUCUGCCAAUCAACAGAGACGUCAAAUGGAAUGACAUUCAAUGCGAAAUGAAAAGGAAUUUCAUUUGCGAAAAUUCCUAUCCGAAUGUAAAUUUGUACUGCAUAAGAUCGCAGGAGGAGGCCGAUAAUUAUUUCGUCAUCGAGGGGGCUUGA